AUGGGCUCUGCAUACGAUUUUGAGAUUUUAGGAGAUUACAUUUUGAGGGAGAAACUCGGAGAGAGUUUGGUGUCGAAGGUGUGGAAAGCGAACCACAGAAGCAGCGGUGAUGCGGUGGUUCUGAAGCAAAUAGCGGCCACCAAGCUGACGUCACACCUCAGGAAUUACCUCGUCGCCUUCUUGUCCUCCGUUAACCAUCCCAACAUAAUCCGCCUCCUCCAUUUCUUCAAAUAUCAGGAUUAUGUUAUCCUUGUCAUGGAGUUUUGCGAGGGGGGGAAUUUAGCUUCUUUCAUACGACUCCACGGCAGAGUUCAACAGUGUCUAGCCAAAAGAUUCAUGCAGCAGCUAGGUAAUGGCCCCCAAGUGUUGAAACAGAAUCAUAUUGUUCACCGUGAUCUCAAGCCUGAGAAUAUACUCUUGUCUGGCUCUGAGUAUGACCCGGUUCUAAAAAUUGCUGAUUUUGGACUAUCAAGGAUAUUACUACCUGAUGACUCUGCACAGACAGUGUGUGGAUCUGUAUUUUACAUGGCUCCAGAAAUUCUACAGUUCCAGAGAUACAAUCACAAGGUCGAUAUGUGGAGUGUUGGUGCAAUUCUUUUCGAACUUCUUAAUGGUUACCCCCCUUUUCAUGGCAGGAGUAGGGUUCAGCUUCUGCAGAAUAUCAAGAAGUCUACCUCUCUUCCAUUCGCUCCUUUAAUUCUUCCACAGUUGCAUCCUGAUUGUGUUGACUUGUGUUCGCGGUUGCUAUCCAUUAGUCCAGAUGGUCGUCUAUCAUUCGAGGAAUUUUAUCAACACAACUUCUUAAAUCAUUGAAGUUGGAGUCGUUUCCCAACUGAUGAAGUACCGUUGUAAUCUGCUGUCAUUGCCAUAGUCAUAGCAUGUUCAGUUAUUUCAAGCAUAGCAAGUAAAAACUACACCAGCCUAAAAAGUACACCGGCUUAUUGAUAUCAAGAACAAACGCACAUCUGCUCGAGCUACCUGUGACACCUUUUCCAAUUGAUUUUUGCGACAUACUCAAGAUACGUUUAUGGGCUGAGGUGUCACUGUGAUAAUGCUGAGGUGUCACUGUGAUAAUGCCACCACACGAAGAGGGACGAUGUUGCAUGAAAGUGACUCUCUUGCUGUUUUUACCUGAACAAUGGAACCAUGAUUUCUGCUUGUUUACUCCACCGGUGGUAUUAAUGUCAUCUGAGCUCCGAUUUGACCAUAUCAGAGGGUAUCACAGUCUCAGGCUGAGGGCAGCUUGCGACCGGGCUGUUGGAGAACGGAAUGUUAUCAACUCGUUCAGGCCAUGUACUAUUACUAUUCCUUCUGUUCAUUUGUACCUUCAAUAUCCUCAACGAGUAAUAAUUGGAGAUUAGUGAA